AUGACCAAGAAUGCAGAGGACUUGGAGAAAAGGCUAGAAGAACAACAAGCUAUUCUUCUCCAACAACAAGAAACUAUCAAGCUCAUGAGGGAGACGAUAGAAAAACUCCUCAAGAAAAGGGAGAAGAAGAAAAAGAAAAGUAAAGAUAUGGAGAGGCUCUUCAUGGUCAGAUUCUUCAAUGAUGACACGAAGGUCUCAAAGGCCACUCUCAUCAAGAUAUACUGGAACAAUCUCUCCAUCAACAUACUAUUCAAAAUGGAUGCUCUUGAAGCUUGCACAUGGAAAGACUUGAUCUGGCAAGGAGAACAAGUUAAAAACAUGCUCAAAAGGUUAGAUGCUAAAGAUCCACGUGAAUUUCGUCCUAGAAGAUGGGGUAACCAAGGCAACUUUACCCCUCUGACACAUUCAAAGGGGAAUGAUACUUUGACAGUGGAAACCACUUCCUCGCCCAAACCCUCUUUAAGGCAGAAGGAAUUCAUCUUCUUCCUCCAAACCUCCUCCAUUGUUUUUCUUUCAAGAGCUCCAUACCCCAAAGAAAUUCGGUUUUUUGUAUGCUCCUUCUUGGCCGAAAAUUUUCACUUUUCACUAGGGUUUCUCCCUCCACCUUCAAGCUCGGAUCUUGACUCUUGGAUUGGGGAUUUCAAGCCUCUUGAUUUGGAUUUGCAAUGUCUCCGCGUCGAUCUCGUCCCCGGAGGAGCCGUUCUCGUUCACAGCAUAGUGAGGAGGAGGUCCCCACGACAUCCUCUCCCGCGGCUUCAUUUUUCGGGGUGGAAUUUCCCGCGGGUAGCCUUCCUCCUCACGCCAACACCGGAUGUAGUCGGGAGGUUUUCUCUUCCGCUACUCUUAGGCAGGCUGUUGGCCCACUUCCUCGGUUCGACGGGGAUCGUCCAAAUGACUCUUGCCGUUCGAUACAGGAAGGAGGGCGCCAUUGCUUGCGCCAACUUAUCACAGAUGCCUCCUUCACCCCUGAUUCUACUUCCACUCAGGUUCUAAAGAAGCCGGGUUUUCUAUUUGGAGAUCAUGUCAGGGAUCCUGCCACGCUGACUCUUUGUGAGGAGCAUUGGUUAACUCUUGACGGUGGAGCCUGUUUGUACAUCCCUUCGAUUCCACGCCACUAUUCUUUCAGUCAUUUGAAGGGGCAAGCCGUGGACCGGCAGAUGUCUUGGCAUCUUACUGAAGAUGCUGAUCGGGUUCAAUGCGGAUAUGCUACUCACCAUAAGACUCCUGGCUCUGAGGGGUAUCAUGACGUGCGUGGUCUACGACCCGGGAUCAUGGGUCUUGAUACUGCACCCCCAGGCGAGGUGUCAGCUGCUGCUCCGACUGUGAGCAACCGUCUGGCUCUUCUUGGGAGACAGUUACCCCCAUCGGAGUACAGAUGUUAUGGCUGGGCUUCCUCCCUAGCCAAAGGGUGGUGGGCGCGCAUGACUGGUUUCGUCUUGGCGCGCUGGG